AUGGCUGGCGACAAGAGCAUGAUCCCGUCCAAUCAGCCGGAGAAGCUCAAUGAUAUCCUGAAGCAGGAGAAGCGCGACUAUGACUGCACGCCGUGGGGUACCGCGUUUCUUGGCCUCGCGGGCUACAGCUACGUCUCCGGCAUGAGCCAGCUUGAAAAGCAGCGCGCCGUCAUCCUGAAGAGCAACUCGUGGCUGGGCAUGCGUGGCCGGAAGAUGGGCAUUGGGGUUGAGGAUGCUGGUCGUCUGGCGCAGAGCUGCUUCACGGGCUGCCAAAGCGAAGAGCCCGAGGAGGUGUCGUCCAAAGCGGACCGUCCGCCAGCUGGGACCAGCUGCUGUCACGAUAAGAUAAGCAUAGAAUCGAACUGA